GACUUCACUUCCGCCGGAAGUAAACAAGUCUUCCGGCUGCACCAUGAGCCGUAUCUAUAGCGACGACCGGUUAUCCGUCGGCCCCGUUAACCGGGAGCGGGUCCUGGGUCGGUGGGCUCCGGCGGCACCGGGGGGCCCCGGGGCCGUGCUGGAGGGGGAGCUGCGGCAGCUCAGUCGGCACCAGAUCGAGGACAACAAUGGCAGCAAGUAUCGAUACUUCAUUUUGUAUAUUAAACCAACAAAAAUCCACAAGAGAAAGUUUGAUUCCCAUGGGGUGGAGAUUGAACCAAACUUCAGUGAUACCAAGAAAGUCAACACUGGCCACUUGAUGUCUUCUUACAAGGUGGAAGCUAAAGGGCAGUCGGAUAGGAUUUCAGCAGAGGAGUUGAAGAAGUUGAUUUACAAACCGGAGCUGGCACAGAUCUCUGAGAAACACACCCCUGGUGACAGCCUCGCAUUCUGGAUCACUGAGGAAGAGAUGAAAAACAUUGACUUGGAGAUUGGAGGCACAUUGCGCCUGAAAACAAGGGAUGACAGCCCAUUUAUCCUUACGUUGGCCAAAAUGGAUGCAGGGACCGUGACAAAGUGCAACUUUGCAGGGGAUAAAAAGGCAGGAAGUUCUUGGACAGACAAUAUAUUUGCUACAAAGUCGAAAAAUGAGGAAGAGGCUAAAGAAAGUGGCCAAGGGGAGGGGGCUGACGAUAAAAAAAAUUUUAAUUUCAUGAAUUUUGGGAAAUGUGGAAUGGGAUUAUUCAUCCAUGUGUUUUCUUUCUUGUGGCCAAUUAGCAAGUGGUCAUGUAGUGGGCAGUCGGCCAGGGUAGGGGGCAGUAGAGAGCCGGAAGUGUUGGUGUGGCGGAAGUGGGCAGCGUCGGCCGGGAGGAUGAUUAAGGCGAUCCUGAUAUUUAACAACCAUGGCAAACCGCGGCUCAGCCGUUUCUAUCAGCACUUUUCCGAGGAUAUGCAACAGCAGAUUAUCCGUGAAACUUUCCAGCUGGUAUCCAGGAGAGAUGAAAAUGUCUGCAACUUCUUGGAAGGAGGCAGUUUGAUCGGAGGGUCGGACUACAAGCUGAUCUACAGACACUAUGCAACCCUCUACUUCCUCUUCUGUGUUGACUCAUCUGAGAGUGAGCUGGGCAUUCUGGAUCUGAUACAGGUAUUUGUGGAGACGCUGGACAAAUGUUUUGAGAACGUCUGUGAACUGGACCUUAUAUUCCACAUGGAUAAGGUUCAUUGCAUCCUGCAGGAAGUGGUGAUGGGUGGAAUGGUGCUGGAGACCAACAUGAAUGAGAUAGUGACACAGGUGGAGGCACAGUCCAAACUGGAGAAGGCAGAGGCUGGCUUCUCUGCAGCUCCAGCGCGCGCUGUCUCUGCUGUCAAGAACAUAAAUCUCCCUGAGAUCCCUCGCAACAUCAAGGUUUCCAAUCUCUCCCCGUUUAUGUAAGAGGACGUUCUGCAUCCACGAAGCCUUGUCGCCGUCCUCUGCACUUCCCCAGAUACCACAUACUGAUUAGCACACCACAGUAAGACCUGUCUGUGUCCUGCACAGAAUCCUCAUUGGAGAAUUGUACCAGUUGCCUCGGUCUGUGGGGCAGCCCUGAACACGGAAAGCUGAGAGUGCCGGAACUCGUGGGAGGUAGUCGACAGAUCGGGCAGCAUCUGUGGAGAGAGAAAGAGUGGAUUUUCAUUGUGAGAAAUUGUUGUUCUUGCCUGAACAGUGUCAGUCACCACACCGUCAAAGUAUUUUCUGUUUUCUCUCCUCCUCCAGCUUCAAACACCCAAUCACCAGCCCAUCAUCGCAUGUCCAAGGGUAUAAAGUUUCAUUAUUUAUAGUUAGUGAGUUACCCUUCAUUGUUUUUCCUUAUCAACUUGACUAAUCUAGUUAAAAUGUUUCACAAAGCCUCAUUUAAAAUGUCAGCAAUAAAACAGAUGUUCAAACUCUC